AUGGAGAUAGAUACAAUGAAAUGGCAGCCUGUGUUGUUUAUCUCAACACUUUAUUGGUUGGUAGGACAUACUUUGGAUGUGAACCCACAACAUGAACGCUACUUACCCGAUUACACCAAAUACCACAACCUGUCGCGGAUUCAGGACCAUAUCUCUGACCUAACCAGAAAUAAUCCCAGUUAUAUGUCUAUCUCCAGGAGAUUUAGAUCAAAAGAAGGAAGACCACAGAUGUUAUUGCAUUUAACAAAUUUUAGUUCGUCUCAAAGCGUUCCACAUUCCUAUCCUCAUACCCAGCACGUCCCAAAAAUAAAAAUAUUACUUUCGUACGGGGAACAUGCUCGCGAAUUCAUGCCAAUAGAAACAUUGUUUUAUUUAUUACAAAAUUUAACAGAAGGUAUCCGAGCCCCACUUGCAAGUUUUGAAGAGUCGUUCAGCAGGACUAUAUUAACUAAAUUUGAUAUUUAUGUGAUAGUUAUGGCCAAUCCAGAUGGUCGUAAAAUUGUAGAAAAGACUCAUAAUUAUUGUUGGCGUGGGACCAGCACCGGUGUUGAUUUAAAUCGUAAUUUUGAUUGGGAGUUUGGAAAUAUUGGAAGCUCGUCGAAUAAGAAAGAUGAAGAGUAUAGAGGGCCUUUUCCCUUUUCAGAAGAAGAAAGUGUUGUGUAUACAGAAAUUACUGGUUCUACAGAUUUUGAUGUUUUUAUCAGUUUUCACUCAGGAAUUAGACAUAUUUAUCUCCCUUUUGCUGAUACAGUGUCUAAGAUGUCUAACAGAGAACCCUAUCAUAUUAAAACAAUGGAAGAUCUAGCCAGAAAACUGUCCAAGUCUACUAACCACCUUUAUAAAUACGGUAAAUCAUAUGAACUAGGCCAAUAUACAGCUGAUGGUACUAUAUUUGAUUACAUGGCAGGAAAAAGACAGAUACCAAUAUGUCUGGCUAUAGAACUGUGGGGUAAAGAAAAUCAUCAGGGACCAAGUUGUUUUGAUGAGUUCAAUCCACCCAAUACUAUUUUACAGAUAGAAGUAUCUGAAAUUCUACCACUCUAUGUGUCAAUGUUUAUGUUUUUAAUUCAAUGGAAAGAAGAGAAUCCAGAUAUUGUCUUUCAGAAUGAGGCUCCGUCCAUGAUGUUUGGUUAUAUAUUACUAGGAGUGGUGAUAUUAUUAACGUUAUUUGUGGCGGUAAAUAAACGCUGGUGUCGGUGUAAUAAACUGUUUCCACGGAGACGUGUGGUCAGUCUCCGAUCAUUAAGUUCUACUAUAACCGUGUGGGGAUUUUCUAGUAAAAGUUCCUGGGCAUAA